CGAAGCCGCCGCGGGAGGCCGGGCGGGGACGGUGACCUUUCACCCGCGGGGAACGCUUCCGUCCGGGCGCCGCUUCCUCCGCCCCGGGGCUGCGCGCGUGGUGGGUGCUGGGCCGGGAGCGGCGGCGGGCCGCGGACGGACCCCGGGGCGCGGGGAGGGCUGUCGGCCGUGCGCCCGCCCUGCCCUCUCCUUCCACCCCGAGGACGAGCCGCGGCGGCGAUCGGGUCCAGGAGGGAAGGUGGCCCACGGUGGUGUCGCAUGCACCGGGCACAUCACAGACACCCCCCACCCCACCCCACCCCGGAGCCCUUUUGUUAAGAGCCCUGCCUCCAGCUCCUGCAGAUGACAUCCCGUGAGGGGCAGAGCGUGCCGGGGUGCCCCGCACCCUGUAGUAAGGAGGUCGCCCUGAGUUGGAGAAGACCAGCAAAGACGACUUGAAGUUUAGUCCUUAUUAGGGCUUUCCCCGCCCCCCCCCUGGAAGUUUUAAGUAUGCCUUAGACUUUGCGGGAGAGGUGUGUGUUUGUUUAAACAGUGUCUGUUUGUUUACCCGGUUGGAUAAUUGUAUUUAAACUUUAUGUGUCCGCUUUGGUAAAGUUGGAAACCGAUUAGUGAUCUGUUCUAGUCAUACGGCUAAGAUGAGAAGGAAAUCGUUUUGGGAGGGUGUUUUUAGGAAUUGUAAGUUGGGGGGACAGACAUUGAAGGAAAUUAAGAUCCCAGGAAGGUGAGGGAAUUGGGAAUUUAUUGUGGGCCAUUUAAUAUUGAUGAACACCUGAAUGACCUGUCGGAGCCAGGCUGGUGAAGGACGCCUGUAAUCCUUGUCCUCUGGAGGUUAGGACCUCAAAGAUGGAGUUCCAGGCCAGACUGGCUUAGAAGCUAUGAAUCCAAACCCCAGGAGACCUGUGGAAGAUAAAGGAAAGAUAUUUUGACAGUUAGAUCAUGGCGACCAUAGAGGAAAUCGCACAUCAAAUAAUUGAGCAGCAGAUGGGUGAGAUUGUUACAGAGCAGCAGACCGAACAGAAAAUCCAGAUCGUGACAGCGCUUGACCAUAGCACCCAGGGCAAGCAGUUCAUUCUGGCCAAUCAUGAGGGCUGCACCCCAGGAAAAGUCUUCCUCACAACUCCAGAUGCCGCAGGCGUCAACCAGCUGCUCUUUGCCACUCCUGACCUGUCCACACCACACCUCCAGCUCUUUACAGAAAAUUCACCCGACCAAGGACCAAAUAAAGUUUUUGAUCUUUGUGUAGUAUGUGGAGACAAAGCAUCAGGACGUCAUUACGGAGCAAUAACCUGUGAGGGCUGCAAAGGGUUUUUUAAAAGAAGCAUCCGGAAAAAUCUGAUCUAUUCGUGUCGAGGAUCAAAAGACUGUGUAAUUAAUAAGCACCAUCGAAACCGCUGUCAGUACUGCAGGUUACAGCGAUGCAUCGCCUUCGGGAUGAAACAAGACUCUGUUCAGUGUGAAAGAAAACCCAUUGAAGUAUCUCGAGAAAAAUCUUCCAACUGUGCAGCCUCAACAGAAAAAAUCUACAUCCGCAAAGACCUCCGAAGCCCGCUGGCUGCUACUCCAACCUUUGUGACAGACGGCGAGACCACCAGGUCAACAGGACUGUUGGACUCAGGAAUGUUCGUGAAUAUUCAUCCGCCUGGAAUAAAAACAGAACCAACUAUGCUAAUGGCACCAGAUAAGGUUGAAUCAUGUCAGGGAAACUUAAGCACAUUGGCCAGUGUGGUCACAUCACUAGCGAAUCUCGGCAAAGCUAAAGACCUUCCUUACACUAGUCACGAGAUGCCUGUGGUGGACAGCUUACGCAAUGGGGAUACACCCUUCUGUGCAUUUCAUCAGGAUAUCCAGACCAAUGGAGACGUCUCAAGGGCAUUUGACAACCUUGCAAAAGCAUUGACUCCCGGAGAAAGCACAGCCUGUCAUAGCCCAGUGGAGAGCAUGGACGGACAUGCGCACCUCAUCACUGGAGAGCCAAGCUACAUGGAAAAAGAGGGUCCACUGCUCAGCGAUUCCCAUGUAGUUUUCAGGCUCACCAUGCCUUCUCCUAUGCCCGAGUACCUGAAUGUGCACUACAUUGGGGAGUCGGCCUCCAGACUGCUGUUCUUGUCGAUGCACUGGGCACUUUCCAUCCCUUCUUUCCAGGCUCUAGGGCAAGAGAACAGUAUAUCGUUGGUAAAAGCGUAUUGGAACGAGCUCUUCACUCUUGGUCUUGCCCAGUGCUGGCAGGUGAUGAAUGUAGCAACUAUAUUAGCAACGUUUGUCAAUUGUCUUCACAGUAGCCUUCAGCAAGACGAGCUGUCGUCUGGAAGGAGAAAGACGUUGAUGGAGCACAUCUUCACGCUGCAGGAGUUCUGUAACAGCAUGGUGAAACUCUGCAUUGACGGGCGCGAGUACGCCUACCUGAAGGCGAUAGUCCUCUUCAGUCCAGAUCAUCCCGGCCUGGAGAACAUGGAGCUGAUUGAGAGAUUUCAGGAAAAGGCUUAUGUGGAAUUCCAGGAUUAUAUCACCAGAACGUAUCCAGACGACACCUACAGGCUAUCUCGACUACUUCUCAGACUGCCGGCUUUGAGACUGAUGAACGCCACCAUCACCGAAGAAUUGUUCUUCAAAGGUCUCAUUGGGAAUGUACGAAUCGACAGUGUCAUCCCACACAUUUUAAAAAUGGAGCCUGCAGAUUACAACUCUCAAAUCAUUGGUCACACCCUUUGAAAGCCGAGGGCACGUGGCUGUGGACUGUUACUGCCCCUUCUUGGGACACAAGACACCAAAUUGAACUGUUGUUUCCAGGGCAUCUGCAAAUACUAACUUCAAGAGUAACCAAAAUUCAAAGUAUUUUUAUUUUGGAUUCCUUAAGAAGAAUUGAAGUGACUAGGCAGGGAUCUGGAAUAGACUUCCCUGUCUGUGCUAUAGGAAUGAAUAAGAAAUGUAUGGGUCUGUUCUUGAUUAAGAUGACACCCAGGACUGUCUCCUGACCAUCUACACUAAUCUUUCUCAUUCUAUUUUAUAAAACAAAUAAACUAGUAUUUCCCCUGAAUUGUGUUCUCUUCCUGUUUAAUUCCAUUGAGCUGGUCACUGUAACAACAAGACACCCAGGCAGGAACUCCUGCAUCUUUUUCUUCCGAAAUGUAAUCGUCUUAGUUACCAGGUCAAAGAUUAUUUUAUGCUCAAUUAUAUAAUGAUAAUUUUAGAACUAUGGGAAGUAAGAAAUGAACAUAUAUUUUUGGCUUUUAUAAAUAUCAAGCAUUUAACAUUCUCGUUGCUGGCAAUGAGACAGAAGCCAUUUGUAAUUUUGGUUUUUAGUGUUGUAUAUUAUCAAUUAUGAGCACUUUUAUUCACUGUGGUAGAAAAUUAGUUUUAAGAACAAGAUAGGGAUCUGGUUUUAAAAUGUUGGGUUUCCUGUGUUCUAAACACAGUCGAGAUUGAACCCAGGAUGUGUUACUAUUUUAGACUGGGCAUUAACGUUGUUGCUUUCCCAUUCCACAGAAAGCACCUAGCCUCCCCACAGAUGGGGUCCAGCUUCUCCAUUCUACCCUGGCUUUUAGCCAUUUUUAUUAGGUCAUUUAAAAAGACUCACCCAGUUUGUUAAGUAAUGCAAUUAUCGUAGCCAGCAUGGUCCCCAGGUGAGUUAAAGAAUGAAAGCCCCUGAUAGUUUUUUGUAAAGGUAAAUGCAGAGUCGACAGGUUUUUUCCCACCGCUAAGUAGAAGAAGGGCUGUUACAACACCAUGAAGUCUCAUUGGCUGCAACAAAAACAUUUCCGCCUCCUGAACCUUCCACAUCAAUACUACAAGCAAUCAAUAUUUCUGUGUUCUGGUAAAGCUAUUCAUUUGUUUGUUUGUAGAUAUUCUCUCUCUUCCUCUCUCUCCUUU